CUUCUUCCCAGUAUACACACACUCUCACACACACACCAACAACACAUUGUCUAAGACUGCGACUGCGACUGUGACUGCGAAUGCAACUGCAAGUUGGCGAGGUCCUGCUUUAUACCUAUUGGUCUCUUUUGUCAGUAGCAGCUGCGCGCCCAUCGCUGCGCGACCCUUUCGCGGGUCCCCCUCUCAUCGACUGAUUAGCCAGCCCAGCGCUAGCGAAUCUCAAUGCCUCCCUCAGCGGGAGUCGGCGGGAGCUCCUCUGCUUCUACUUCUGCCUCUGCUUUCGCCUCGACAUCCUCUUCAUCGACACUACCUGUGCCGAAAUGGCAAAUGGAUCUGGGGGAUGUCAGUGAUCCCUCCGAUUGGCUGGGAGGUGGAAUGAGCUUCUUGAAGGAUCUUGAUGCGAGUUUGAGGUGUGAGAUUUGCUCGGAUAUCCUGCGAGCCCCCGUGGCUAUCAAGACGUGCCACCAUGUCUUCUGCUCGCGCUGUAUACGCGACUACAUCAAUCAACCCACCCUGCCUGGAAACCCUACUGACCGGCCAUGUCCGAACUGUAGACAGCCCAAGGUGUAUGACUCAGAGCUGGUGCCGGUGACCCAUCUAGAGGUGGCGGCGGAGGCUUGGAGGAGCGCGAGGCCGGAGCUCAUGCGAUCAGAGAGGGAGAUGACGCAGCUCAAGCGUCAGCAGGAGGCAGCUGCUUCCCUGGACCAAGCAGGUGGCAGUAACAGCAAGAAGCGCAAGGCUCAUCCCUCCCAGUCUACAGACAAUCCCUCUGCCCAAACAGGGGACUCGUCUUCCUCUCGAUCCUCACCCACGCAUACUCGCAUGGCUGGCGGCGAGUCUGAGCACGCUGGACCGAGGAGAGUGACGCGGAGCGCCACUGGUUCUCGCAGCGGGCCAGAGAAGAACCUCGGGGAGGAGGAAGAGGAGGCAAUUGUUCUUGACGACGAUUCGGAUGAAGACUGGACUUUGGAGAAUGGCGCUGCAGACGGAAAGGCAUCUGGCAGGGCGAGUCCGGUGAAGAGCAAUGGAGCUGCUGCGAGUGAAAGGAGCUUACAGGAUGUCCAACCGUCGGACAUCGUGGAGUGUCCCAUGUGCUCCUACACCUUCACCUACGCAGCUCUGAAUCGUCACCUGGACACAGCAGGCGCCUGCAAAGGUCCCGAUCAUCCACCGCCAAGCGACCGAGAGCGGGGUCUUGCCGUGAAGAACACCGGUAGCAAGGGUGGGGGACUCGGUGGCUUCUUCAACCAGAAGGGCAAGUCUGGUUCAAGUACUGGAGACUCCUCAAUGACGAAUGGCAACAAAUCCCACGACUCUUCGGCAGCGGGCACCAAGCUAAAACGCCCACAAUAUCGGCUACUCUCUGAGCGUGAGCUACGCAAACAGUGCUCCGACAGCGGGCUGGCCACUACGGGAUCGAAGGCUCAGCUGGAGUCGCGCCACCGACACUGGAUCGAUUUGUACAAUGCCAAUCUAGACGCCGCACAGCGUUAUCGUCGUCCAGAGGGAGCUCUGCGACGGGAGCUGCGCGAGUGGGACAAGGAGAGGGAGAGGGAAGAGGCACGACUGGCCAAGGCUGCAAGCGCAGCUGCCAGGGGUGCUAAGGCCAGUGCAGGCUCUGCACCUCCUACUGGUAGCGGCAGUACUUCUGGAAUAGUCGGUGCGAGUGAAGAAGAGAGGAGAAGAUACGCUGCAUUGAAUAGGGAUCAAUUCCGGGCAUUGGAAGAGCAAGGGAGAAGAAGUCAUCGUGCGAACAAGGAAGUACAUGCAGAGGGUCCUGCUUCACAGGAGCGUAGAGAGGAGCAGCAGAAGCUCAAAGAGGAGGAGGAGGAUGCAGAAGCGAAGGACCAGAGGCCUGUUGCCACUGAGGUAUCGCUGGGGGAAGGUGCUGAUGAGCUCAUGGGGACCGAGGAGGUCAGUGAGAGCGCCGAGUCAGAGGCGAAUGGGCAAGGUGGACAGGAUAAGGCUGCGGGAGGGGCGGCAGCUGUAGUCGCGGCGGCACCUGCUGACGAUGGCAAUGGGGAUGCUGGCAAGGACUUCUUCUAGGUCUCGUCGAACACAAUGUACUAUAGUCAAUUCGCAAAACCUCUUCGCUGCUCCUUCACUGCAGAGGCUCGCUCGC